UCGGCACUGCCAACCUCGGCCUCCACCCGGCAGCCCGCGAGCGCGGCGGCGGCGGCGGCGGCGGGCGGCCGGCGCUCUCUGCACUCCGGCUCGGCUCUGGGCCUCCUCCCAUCCUGGGACCCCUCCUCCCGCGCCUCGCCCCUCCCGCCCACUUCCAACUACCGCCUCCGGCCGGCCGAGGGAGAGAGAGGGAGUGAAGCCCAGGGAGAGGGAGCGAGAGAGAGGGAGGGAGGGGACCGAGCCUGGGCUGACUUUUUUUUUUUUAAGAGGGUGGGGGUGGGGGUGAUUGCUGGUCGUUUGUUGUGGCUGUUAAAUUUUAAACUGCCAUGCACUCGGCUUCCAGUAUGCUGGGAGCAGUGAAGAUGGAAGGGCACGAGCCGUCCGACUGGAGCACCUACUACGCCGAGCCGGAGGGCUACUCCUCGGUGAGCAACAUGAACGCCGGCCUGGGGAUGAACGGCAUGAACACGUACAUGAGCAUGUCGGCGGCCGCCAUGGGCAGCGGUUCGGGCAACAUGAGCGCCGGCUCCAUGAACAUGUCCUCGUACGUGGGCGCGGGCAUGAGCCCGUCCCUGGCCGGCAUGUCCCCCGGGGCGGGCGCCAUGGCAAGCAUGGGCGGCUCGGCUGGGGCUGCUGGCGUAGCGGGCAUGGGGCCCCACCUGAGUCCGAGCCUAAGCCCGUUGGGGGGGCAGGCGGCCGGGGCCAUGGGCGGCCUGGCCCCCUACGCUAACAUGAACUCCAUGAGCCCGAUGUAUGGGCAGGCGGGCCUGAGUCGCGCGCGCGACCCCAAGACGUACCGGCGCAGCUACACACACGCCAAGCCUCCCUACUCCUACAUCUCGCUCAUUACCAUGGCCAUCCAGCAGAGCCCCAACAAGAUGCUGACGCUGAGCGAGAUCUACCAGUGGAUCAUGGACCUCUUCCCCUUCUACCGACAGAACCAGCAGCGUUGGCAGAACUCUAUCCGCCACUCGCUCUCCUUCAACGACUGUUUCCUCAAGGUGCCGCGCUCACCCGACAAGCCCGGAAAGGGCUCCUUCUGGACCCUGCACCCCGACUCAGGCAACAUGUUCGAAAACGGCUGCUACUUGCGCCGCCAGAAGCGCUUCAAGUGCGAGAAGCAACUGGCCCUGAAGGAAGCCACGGGCGGCGGCAAGAAGGCGGCCGCCGGGGCCCAGGCCGCUCCGGGUCCGCUCGGGGAGGCCGCCGGGCCGGGCUCCGAGCCUCCAGCAGGCACCGAGUCUCCGCACUCAAGCGCCUCUCCGUGCCAGGAGCACAAGCGCGGGGGCCUGGGCGACCUGAAGGGGACGCCGGCCGCGGCCCUGAGCCCUCCGCAGCCAGCACCCUCGCCCGGGCGUCAGCAGCAGGCCGCGGCCCACCUGCUGGGCGCGCCGCAUCACCCGGGCCUGCCGCCGGAGGCCCACCUCAAGCCCGAGCACCACUACGCCUUCAACCACCCGUUCUCCAUCAACAACCUCAUGUCUUCGGAACAACAGCACCACUCCCACCACCACCAGCCCCACAAAAUGGACCUCAAGGCCUAUGAACAGGUGAUGCACUACCCCGGCUACGGCUCCCCCAUGCCAGGGAGCCUUGCCAUGGGUCCAGUCACGAACAAAGGGGGCCUGGACGCCUCGCCCCUGGCCGCAGACACCUCCUACUACCAGGGCGUGUACUCCCGGCCCAUCAUGAACUCCUCCUAAGGCGCUGUGGCCUUGUGGCCCUGGACAGGGACGGCAGAGGAAGUGGGCUGGAGAGCGUACGGGGAGAAGAAAUCCCUUACCCCGCCCCCAGGACAGCGGUCUCCCUAGCUCUCUGCGGCUCCGCCCGCCCAAACAAACGGGCGCCACUGAUACCUGUUGUUCUACGUUAGGAGGGAAAGGGGGGAAAGACAGUCAAAAACGGGAGAAAAAGUGACAAGCCUCCGUUUUCCACUGCGGUGUAGACGCCUGCUUCUUUAAGCAUCUGAGAAAUCUGUUUUUGUUGUUGUUGUUCUCCAUUUAUGUUGUUGCAGGGAAGUCUUUAUUAAAAAAGAGAGAGCGAAAACAAAAAAAAAAGUCAAAACAAAAAAAGCCACAAACUUUUGUGAGUGACUCAGUGUAAAACCAUGUAGUUUUAACAGAGAAACAGAGUUGUACUAUUGUUUAAAAAGAAAAAAUUGAUGUAAGGGUCUGUUGUAAAUGACCAAGAAAAAGAAAAUGCAUUCCCAUUCUUGACACGGUGAAAUCCAGGUCUUGGGUCUGAUUAAUUUAUGGUUUCUGUGUGCUUUAUUUAUGGCUUAUAAAUGUGUGUUCUGGCUGCAAGGACCAGAAUUCCACAAAUCUAUAUUAAAGUGUUAUUGCCGGUUUUA